AUGGCUCCCCCUGUAUGCUGCUACUGCAAAGUUACAAAGUGCAACGGCAUUCUUGUUCCACCUCACGUUUUUCGCUCGCAUGAGCGCUCUGACUUACGCCAACGAACUCUUGCUGAUCAGGCUAACUUUGCCUGGCAUGUCGGGCAACGCAUCAUCUCACAGGGUGAUGCAGAUAUUGAGCCAGUUCCUCGAGGAUUUUCAGUUCCGUUACAUGAACCUCCCCCUCCCUUGUCUCCAGAGUUUCGUGACCCUUUGGAGGAUGUUGUAUUGGAUUAUGGGGCACUUACAGAUGUAGAUUUUGGUAUUGCGACAUCCAGCGGCCCUCUGCCCAACCUUGGUCCUAACAUGUGCAGUCCCGAGGCUCUUAUUGCCGCUGUUGACCACUUUGACGCGUAUAACAAUGCGACAGCUGGAGAAGACCACACGGAUCUUUCGCACCUCCCUCACCAUCUGCUAGUAAUAUACGCACUUGUCUCGUGGCUUCACCUUCAGUUUCACCUUCCACAAGUUGCAUGCAAUGCACUCCUUGCGAUACUGGCUUGCAUUUUACUCUCAAUUGCACCCGCCAUCGACACUCCUUUUAUAAUGCUUCAAUCCAGCAAUCGGGUACUUGGUGUGGACAAGACUAUCUACACUCUUCCUGUUUGCCCUUCUUGCCGCGACGUUUUCCCUCCUGCUGGUUCAGUGCAUACCGUGGAUACCUGUCCAAUCUGCCUUGAUGAUCUUUUCCUGUCAGAACACACUCUGCGGGGUAACCAACGAGCAGUCAAGUCCCCAGUGAUAAAAUAUCCUUAUCUCCCACUCUCUGAACAGCUGAAAUCUCUCUUGAAGAUACCUGGCUUAGAAGCACUACUGGAUGGCUCGCCUUGA